AUGUCCCUUGCGGAGCACCAGCGCGAGAUGCUGGCGUUGGCGCGGCAGCAGAGCGUCGUGCUGAGCGGACCCAGCCGCAUUGGCAAGACGCACGUGGCGGCCAUGCUUGCGCGUGAGAUGCUCGACGACGCCUCGUCUCGUGGCCAGCUCGUGCUGGUGGUCGUGCCCGGGACGAGCCAGAUCCCGGACGUGUACGCGACGAUGGCACGCGUGUGUCAUGCGCGCAUGGGCGGCCAGCUACCAACGAACGAGCGUGCGUGGCAGACGGUCGAGUACAUGAAGGCCCAAGUCGCGUCCGCGCAGGUGCUCGUCCUCACCGCGUCCAUGGUCGGCCUCCUCCUGCAAGAGAACGUUCUCGCGCUCGAAAAGGUCGCGCUGCUCGUCUUCAAGUGCUGCGAGAAGAUUCACGAGAGCAUCCCAAUGUUUUACCAGCGACUCUUUGUCAAGUACGCCAAGCUGCGCAAGGCGACCCAGCCUCGAGUCGUCGCGCUCACGACGCUGCCGAUCUCGGCGCUCCAUUUGCAUGCGACCAAGAACCCGCUUUUCGCCUACACGACGGCGUGCAGCAUGACGCUUGCGGCCACGCGCACCAACCACGACCUGCUCGCACCGCUCUUCGCCGAGGUCUUUGACACAACCUCGUCGUCCUCCUCCUCCUCGGCGCUGGUGUCGGACCCCAUCGCCUUUCUGCACGGCGACAACGAAAAGCACGUGGACAUUACGGCCGCGUACCUGGACUUGCACCGCGGCAUCGCCGACGACGCUAGCAUCGCUAGCCGCAAGGACCGGUUCCUCAACGAUGCCAGCGCUGUCUUUACCCACCUCGGACUCUGGUGUUUUGUGCAACAUGUCCUCCACGAGCUCGCGGGCGCGGUUGCGUUUGCCUCGUCGUCGCACGCCAAGAGCCUCCUUGCGUCGACGCACCUCAGCAUUCUCUCCGAGCCGAUGCCAACGAUCGCGCUGUCAUCAUGCAGCAUCAGCGAGCACGCAGCGAGCAUGGCCGCCGCUGUGGCCGCCGCCACCCGGCUGCACGCGUGGCUCACCGACCUCUUGGGGAGCGUGCCGCUGGACAUGGCGACGCCCCGGCUCACGCAGGUCGCCUCGCUCUAUCGCACCUUUGUCGCAAAUGAAAGCGCGCUCACGGACGCACCGCUGGCGAAGCGAACGUGGAUCUUUGUGCAUCGUCGGACGCACGCGCGGGUCGUGGCCGACUACUUGACGGCGUCGUUUCCGCGUCUCCCGCCGGCGUGCAGCAUGAUCGGCCAGGACGUUGCGUACGGAAGCGACGGCGUGGCGUCCAUGGGCGAUGUCAUGGCAGCGUUCAAUGAGCGACGGAACCUUGUGCUCGUGACGACGGCGCUCACACACGAGAUGGACCGCGUGGCGCCGUGCGACCUCGUGCUCAUUGCCGACACGUUGCACGACCAGCACAAGCUUCUCGACUUUCGCCGAUGCGCCGACGCGGUUGUGGGUGUGGCCCGCUACUUGGUGCCUGGCACCGAGGCCGAGAUGACCAAGUUCCAGGCGCUGCAUGCCAAGAUGGCGCGGCUCGUCCAGAUGGAGAUUGCAAACAUGCCACACGAGGUGCUCGAGCAGCGUCUGCAGGCGGUCCGCGCUGCGCUCAUGCCGGCGUUGCCCGACGGCUGCCAUGCGUACGCCUUUUUACGUUUCUUAUUUUUUCUUUUUUUCUUAUUUUUUGGAAACCAUGAGGUUGAUACGUUGAUACGUAGGUAUGUCGUGGUCCACGACGACACGCAGGCGCGACUCGACGUUGAGAACAGUGUCGAGACGCUGGAUGCCUUUUGCAAGACGCUGCCUGGCCUCGCGAUUGCCGACCACCGACCGCAGUACACGUAUACGCACCACGUGGUCCAGGCGAGCAUGUCGGUCAAGCGGCGCCAGCGACUCGAGGCGGGCCGCAGCCUCGACGACGACGACGAGACGCCGCAGCGCGUCGAGUGCGAUGCAAAGCUCCGACUGCCGCCGAUGCUCGGGAUCAAGGAGACGCUCAAGUCGCCCCGCGUCGACUGCGAGAAGCACGCCAAAGCGAUUGUGGCCUUUCUAGCGUGUCAGCAGCUACUCAACCACGGCUAUCUAGACCGGUCGUUUCGAUCGCGGCUCCAACGCCACGUCAGCGCCCCAUCGUCGUCGUCGUCGUCGGCAUCGACAGCGUCGGUGCCCGUGGAAACCGAGACGCAGAGCAGCUAUGAAGUGCCCGCGACCACCGCGAUCGAUCUCGGGCUGCGCUCGUUGCGCGAUGCACUCGCCGCGACGACGGCGAACUCAACGCUGACCAUGUACCUCUACCCGCUGGACUCGCUGGACUAUGGCCUUUUGACGACCAUGCCACUGUAUGGAGGCACGGUGCGGGACACGCCGUGGCGCUACGAGUUUGGCACGACGCGCUGCAUCUUGACGCCGGCGCUGGCGACCGUGCGCAUGGCGCAUGCGCGCGUCCUUGCCAUUUCGCGCUCGGAUCUGCGCGACUACGUUCGGUACCAUACGACGCUCCUGCGAUUGGCGUGCUACGGCGUCGCGGCGGCGGAGGCGGCGAUCCGGUCCUCCGAUCCACUGCGGGAGUUUUCCGCCCGCAACGACAAGGGCUACGUGGUCGUGGCUUUGAAGAAAUCGGAUGGUGCGAUCGACGUCGAGCACAUGCGUGGUGUCAUGGGCUCGUUUCUGACGCCGGCGUGGCCGUUGCCGCCGCCCGAGUGCCUCGCAGACGUCGUCUGCGUCUCGAAGAAGCGCAAGGACGUGACGUACUGCAUUCAGCAGGUGACGACAACCAAUGUCGGUGACGUGGCCGCGCGCGUGGUCGCUGACGUGGAUUACUGGAGCUACACGAUCCGCCGGGCCAAAUCGGCACCCGGCAACCCGAUCCUUGGUCGAUGGUACACCAAGGACGAUCUGCUGCGCGCCGAGCCCGACCAGCCGCUCGUGUAUGCGAUCGAGCUGCCGUCAGCGCUGCCCAUCAUGCGCCACAUUAUGGACCGAUGUCCGCAGUGGACGUCGACCUUGGACCAGAAGGAGCGACUCAUUUUGCCCGACCAGACCUAUAUCCUUGGCCUCUCGCGGUCUCGGUAUGUGCAGGCGUUUGGCUUGCUCCCGCUGCUAUAUGAGUUUGAGCGCAAACUGCAGCUGUCUCGGCUCAUGGACCGUAUUGGCGCCGACAUUGACUGGACACUCCUCAACGACGCGACGUCCAAGCCCGCGUACGAGACGCUCGAGACACUUGGCGACUGCUACCUCAAGCUCGAAUCGACGUGGUUCCUCUACGAGCGCCGCUGGGACCUCGCCAACGAAGGCGCGCUGCACAUGACGCGCACCGACAUUAUCCGCAACGAUCGUUUGUGCCUCAAGGCGAUUUCGCUCGAGCUGCACAAGCUCAUGACGCACCCGAGCAUCCUGGAUACGCAGCCAUUUAUUCACUGGAAACCGAGCUGCGUGGGCCGGACCCCGCAGUCGCUCGUCGCGCCCGUCAAAUGGGUCGCCGACACCGUCGAGGCCAUGUGCGGCGCCUACAUUGCGGGGCUCGGCGAGCGUGGCGGCCGUCUCUUUCUGUCGUGGCUGGGCAGCGAGACAUUGGACCCGGUCCAGUUUGCCUAUGCUCGUCCGCUGCUGCCACACUGUACGCCGCAACCGCGGGCGACGCUGCCAUUGUCGCCCCCGCCCCUCGACCUGGCGGCGCACGGGCUGCAGCUUGUCGCGUCGCACUUUGACGAUCUGGGCGACCGCCUGCGCAUCGUCGAGGCGUCGCUCAAGUACGAAUUCCGCAACAAGCGCCUCCUCGUUGAAGCGAUUGCGCACCCGUCGGUCGCUCCCGUCUUGCGCCAAGCCGACGCUCGCGCCACCACCACCACGUUCAAGGGCGACUACGAGCGGCUCGAGUUUCUCGGAGACGCGCUCAUCGAGUACCUCGUGCUGACGUAUGCGACGACCACGUACCCGAGCUGGCAGCCGGGCGACCUCACGAAUUGGAAGGGCGCGACCGUCUCGAACGACGCGCUCGGCAAGACGGCGCUGAUUGCGUUGCAUGUCGAUCAUGUGAUGCUCACGGGCGCGGUCAAGAUGGACCCCAAGAUGACGGCCAACCUGCGGCUUGUCAAGCACCAGUUUGCACGCAUUCGCGCGGGCAUGCCCGUGGAGGCGUCGGCGCUCGACCACGUGAGCAUGCCCAAGAUGUACGCCGACGUGUUUGAAGCACUGGUGGCGGCCGUGUUUUUGGACGCGGGGCGGGACCUCGUCACGAUCCGCGACGUCUUUCUCGCGCCGCUUCUCGAGAUUGUGGGCGCCGACGCGGUCGCCACCGUGCAGCGUCGCCACAAGGCAACGUAG